GCAGGGAGAGGGAGAGGGAGAGAGCCAGCGCCGCAUCCCCCGGCCGGGCUAGACCGGACCAUCCCAUCCCAUCCCCGGACGAUGCUGCUCCUGCUGCCGCUGCUGGUGGCCGCCUCUCUACUCCCGGCCGGAGCCAGCGCCGCGCCCAAAGUGGUGAACAUCGGCGCCGUCCUCAGCACCAAGAAGACAGAGAACACCUUCAGGGAGGCGGUGGUUCUAGCGAACCGCAAAUAUGGAGCGCAGCGCAUCCAACUCAACGCCACGGCCGUCACACACAAACCCAACGCUAUCCAGAUGGCGCUGGCUGUGUGCGAGGACCUCAUCAGCAGCCAGGUGUAUGCGAUAUUGGUGAGUCACCCACCUGGCCCUAGUGACCACCUCACGCCCACUCCAGUGUCCUACACGGCUGGCUUCUACCGAAUCCCAGUCAUUGGCUUGACCACACGCAUGUCCAUAUAUUCUGACAAGAGUAUCCACCUGUCGUUCCUGCGCACUGUGCCUCCCUAUUCUCACCAAGCCCAGGCCUGGUUUGAGAUGAUGAGGCGCUUCCGUUGGGGACACAUCAUUCUGGUGGUCAGCAACGAUCACGAGGGCCGGGCCACACAGAAGAAGCUGGAGACACUGCUAGAAGAAAAGGAGUCAAAGAAUAAAAAAAGGAACUUUGAAAACAAGGACCAUCAUUCGUAUGACAGCAGGCGAGGACCAAAGGCUGAGAAGAUCCUGCAGUUUGAACCAGGCACCACAAACAUGACAUCCAUGCUGCUGGAAGCAAAGGAUUUGGAGGCAAGAGUCAUCAUUCUGUCUGCCAAUGAAGACGAUGCCGUGACUAUGUACAAGACCGCCACCCUCCUCAACAUGACCGGGCCUGGUUAUGUCUGGCUUGUUGGAGAGAGAGAAAUAUCCGGCAGGGCCAUGCAACACGUUCCUGAAGGUGUGAUUGGUUUGCAACUUAUCGACGGUAAGAAUGAGACUGCUCACAUUCAUGAUGCGGUUGGUAUCGUGGCUCAGUCCAUCCACGAGCUCUUUGAGAAGGAGAACAUCACUGACCCUCCCAAAGGUUGUGUGGGAAACACCAACAUAUGGAAAACUGGACCUCUCUUUAAAAGGGUGCUGCUCUCCACCAAGUACCCAGAAGGCUUCACGGGACAAGUGGAGUUUAACGAUGAGGGAGAUCGCAAGUUUUCUAACUACAGCAUUGUGAAUGUGCAGAAAGGAAAACUGGUGCAAAUUGGCGUUUAUAACGGCACCAACGUUCUGCUGAACGACAAGAAGAUCAUCUGGCCAGGCAGCGAGUUAAACACUCCCAAAGGCUUUCAGAUGUCAACAAGGUUAAAGAUCGUCAGUAUUUACCAAGAGCCGUUUGUAUACGUGAAGCCAACCACGGCAGAAGGGACAUGUCAGGAGGAAUUCACGAUUCAUGGGGAUCCCAUCAAGAAGGUGAUCUGUACAGGGCCCAACGCCACUGUGCCCGGUUGGCCCAUCGUCCCUCAGUGUUGCUACGGAUUCUGCAUUGAUCUACUCAUCAAGCUCGCCAGCACCCCCACGCUCAACUUCACGUACGAGGUCCACCUCGUCGAAGAUGGGAAGUUCGGGACUCAGGAGCGAGUGAACAACAGCAACAAGAAGGAGUGGAACGGGAUGAUGGGGGAGUUGCUGAGCGGGCUGGGUGACAUGAUCGUGGCCCCUCUGACCAUCAAUAACGAGCGCGCACAGUACAUUGAAUUCUCCAAACCCUACAAGUACCAAGGACUCACCAUCUUGGUGAAGAAGGAAAUCCCACGCAGUACACUGGACUCGUUCAUGCAGCCGUUCCAGAGCACACUCUGGCUGCUGGUGGGGCUGUCGGUGCACGUGGUGGCUGUCAUGCUCUACCUCCUGGACAGGUUCAGUCCGUUUGGGCGAUUCAAGGUGAAUAGUGAGGAGGAAGAGGAGGAUGCUCUGACCCUGUCCUCAGCCAUGUGGUUCUCAUGGGGAGUGCUGCUGAAUUCUGGAAUUGGAGAAGGGGCUCCAAGAAGCUUCUCGGCUCGAAUCUUGGGCAUGGUUUGGGCUGGAUUUGCUAUGAUCAUCGUCGCCUCCUACACCGCCAACCUGGCAGCUUUCCUGGUGUUGGACAGACCCGAGGAGAGAAUCACUGGAAUUAAUGACCCCAGGCUGAGGAACCCGUCGGAUAAGUUCAUCUAUGCCACGGUGAAGCAGAGCUCGGUGGACAUCUACUUCCGGCGCCAGGUGGAGCUGAGCACCAUGUACCGGCACAUGGAGAAACACAACUAUGAGAACGCGGCGGACGCCAUCCAGGCCGUGCGGGUCGGGAAACUGCACGCAUUCAUCUGGGACUCGGCAGUGCUGGAGUUCGAGGCUUCACAGAAGUGCGACCUGAUCACCACGGGAGAGCUCUUCUUCCGGUCUGGCUUUGGUAUCGGAAUGAGGAAGGACAGUCCGUGGAAACAAGCUGUGUCACUCGCUAUCCUGAGUUUCCAUGAGAAUGGCUUUAUGGAGGAUUUGGACAAGACCUGGGUCAGGUACCAGGAAUGUGACUCACGCAGCAAUGCUCCAGCAACGCUCACCUUCGAAAACAUGGCAGGUGUCUUUAUGCUGGUUGCUGGAGGGAUUGUGGCAGGAAUAUUCCUGAUAUUUAUUGAGAUAGCCUACAAGCGCCACAAAGACGCUCGCAGAAAGCAGAUGCAGCUGGCCUUCGCCGCUGUCAAUGUCUGGAGGAAGAAUUUGCAGGAUAGAAAAAAUGGUAGCCCAGAACCUGACCCUAAAAAGAAAGCAGCAUCUUUUAGAUCGCUCACUUCAACACUGACCUCCAGCUUCAAGAGACGUAGGUCUUCCAAAGACACGACUGAACAGUGAUGCUUCUUCCUGCUUCUCCUUCUUUAGAUUAGAAGGUUGUCUUCCCAAGUAACAAUAUAGACCUUUGGGAAUUGCUUCUCCACCUCAGUCUGGCUGUCUAGGACUGACGCAAAGACCAGAAGGCUAGGCUUGAUAAAUUGAAUAUUCAUGAAAACAUAAUUUGAUUAAUCUGGUUGUUUUUCUCUUUGAAUGAUGAAUGAUGUAUGAUCUGGUUAUGUGAAUAAUGGUGACCUCACUGGAUCGUGAGGAAUGGAUACUAUAUGUAAAAGUUUUAAAGUUCUUGCUUUAUUGAAGGAAAGGAUGUUGAUGCAGCAGACUCUGGUCCAUAUUUCCAUGCAGGUUGUGAAAAUCAUUGGGUAUUUACUUAUGUAAGACAGCAAUCUUAUAUUGACUAAUAGAUCAAAACCAUCAUGAAACAAGUUUUAAUGUAAUAGAUACUAGUAUUGUAAUUUGUCCUUUUUAAAAUUAAGAAAUAGUAUUCUAAUUGCAGAUAAGCACAAUUAUUUAUCUGUCAUGGUUGGAUAAGCAAGACAAGAUGUAUUAUUAUUGAAACAAACCAUUCAAAAAUAAAAGUUCAUCAAUGCUAGCCAUGUGUCUAAUAAUGAGUAGAAUAUAGAAUAUAGAUGACUACAAUGAAUGCAUUGAUAAAAAUGGAUGGGUUGGACUGGAAUUAUUUAUUUGGGUGAGAUGCAGCCCACAGUAAAGACUUGUUACCUCAGUAAUGGCACUCAGCAUCUUUAUCCUUUAAUAAAUGGGAGUAAACAUAGCCAUCAACAUUUUUUUCUUAGUGCAAUGUAAUUGUACUAAGUAAUUUAUUUUUGUGGAAUACAAUUAAAAACAUCUGUGGAUCUAUUGUAACAUUUUAUAAAAAAAGAGCUGGGGAUGAAAAUGUGAGCAUAGUGCUCUGAGAGCACAACAUAUGAUCUGGAAAGUUCCACAAGAAAAAAUAGUUUCUGUGAUCCUUUUCAGUAUAUUUAUUCCACUAAAUAACCAUUGGUCGCUGGUUUAGAGACAGUAAAAGCAUCUAUUAGUGUUAAUGUCAUUUAGCAUUAUUUUUGAAAAGCUCCAUUCUCUGAAAUGUUUCAGGGAUUCCCAGUUUACCUUUUGAUUCUGAACCAUCUCAUCCUCAACUAUAAAUUUGACUAUGAAAUAUCACAAAUGUCAAAAAUAUUAAACAGUACACUUGGUUAACGUUGUGCAAUAGUGAAGACAAUGCUGGGCCCCGUACAUUUUUCCAUGGUGCAGUGUUGGGUCAGACACCGAUUUAAACACUAUGGCAGAUGUUUUAAGUACAUAACUAAUUAGGAUUCUGAAGAGAAAUGAAGAUAAACAUGAAUGGCUCAUGAUAAGAUUGUUUCCCCAGAUGGUUAGAUGCCUAAUCAGCAAUCCGUAAAGGGACUGCUGGAGAAUUCCCCCCAAAGGUAACAUUUCUGAUAGGCUGUGAAAUAAUGUCCCCAAAGUCAUCUCCCCAAAAGGUGCAACUGUUGGUUGGUUAACUGGGGUAGUGAACAACUCUCCCGAUUAAAUCAGUGAUCUUCAGCAAGUUGCCCAGUUGAUGCCCACAGUUCACCAAGAAAAUACCAACCCGGCCUGAAUCUGGACUUGGUUCUGGAUAUUUAUCUCUCCUGUUCAACAGGCAUCAAGCCAGCAUUGCCAACAUAGUACCCAACUUGUGUCCAACUCUCAUCUCCACAUUCAUUAGCUCUGCUGAAUGCAAAUAUUAGAUUCCCAUUUCCUCCAUGAGUAAAUAAAAUGUCAAGCUAACAGUUUGACAAAUUCAGUUUAUGUGCAGUGGAGUUGCUGGUUGCCUGUAAGGUUGAGCAAUGACAAGUAGACAUCUAGGGUGAAGGCCACACUAAUUGUUCUGUGUACUUGUGGAAGA